AUGUACAACGGAAUAGGUCUCCCGACGCCUCGUGGGAGUGGGACCAAUGGAUAUGUACAAAAGAAUUUGGCUUUCAUUAAUAACUUCAAGGAGCAAAAUCCUUACAAGACCGACGAUGAAAUCAAAAGAGCAGAUGCAGUGCUUUUUAAGGAACCAAAUAAAGAGAUAUUAGAGCAUGAACGCAAACGAAAAAUUGAAGUCAAAUGUUUCGAAAUGGAACAAGAAAUGGAGGAACAAGGCUAUACGCCAGGGGAAAUAGAAUUCCGAGUCAGUGGAUUCCGGAAGAAAUUACUUGAAGAGUUGAAAGCAACAUCUCAGGGCAGGAAAAUUCCCAAUGUCGAACCCUUUGAAAUUUCGCAGUCGGAAGAUGGGAAACUGCUACCCAAAGGAACCCAUGAAACAGCUGCCGUAACUAUCCUGAAGAACACGGUCUUUAAGGAAGCCCUUGGUAUCGGUGAACAAUUUCAAGAUGGCAAUUCUGUAGAACUGGCAGCACAACGGAAAAAGGAUGAUGGAGAAACAAAACGUCUCAUGGACGUUCAAAAAGAGUUAAAAGGGAACUCCAAAAAUGCCAGGGGAUUUCUAGAAGCCUGGUACUCAGCAGUCAGAAAACACAAUACUAUAGAUCAAAUUUACCAACUAAUAAAAAAUAAACCCAAUGACAACAAAGUUCAAAUUCCAAGUCAUCAAAAAGCUAUCAAUAAAGAUGUAAAUUAACAAUCAAUUACGACAGUGGUUGUCAAGAGACACAAUUAUAUCAAUCAUGGAGAAUUCAAAUCAGUUCAUUCCAUAAUAAAACAUGUGCUGCAGAUGUUGUCUAGAAGGACGACGAGAGCUUCGCAAUUAAAUCAUGCCCCUGAACUGCAAGUCUUCUCUAUUAUAUAUACAUAUCGCUGAAUUUAUGCGUUUUUUAAAGUGCCUGUAGAUUCGGUCACCACAUGAAUCGACGACAUACAAAUAUUUUAUCAUUGCAAUUAUCCUUCCCACACCUUUCGUAUAAACGCUUAAGAUUUUUUCUAGUUUCAACUAAGUUGGAACACGGGUGUAAACAACACAAUUCUAUAAGACAAAAUCAAACAGAAAGCUACGAUGAACACCACGGGAUAAUUUACAAGCAACUUUGCCACUGAUAGUUAUAGGAUAAUAAUCAAGUAGCAUCAUCACGAAUCGACGUCAGUUAGAUCACCGAUGGAGACAUACGGAGAGUAGAAAUCUAUUUUGUACUAGUUUGAAAAUCUUCAGUGGUAUACAGCCACGACCGUAUGAGUUGAGGUGCACGAACGUCAUAUUUUCAGAGUGAAAAAUAAAAUGACUUAAGCGAUAUAAUGUGGACUAGUAUAAGUUGGAAAACCUGAG